CGCACGCGCCGAUUGGUCGCGGCGGCUUUCGCUUGCUCCUUCCUAGUGUCGGCGCUCAGGCGACCGGCGGCCGGCAGCAGCCCUGGGCUUCAGACACGAUGCACCCUGCUUGUCCCCCGAUGUGUUAACGUCCACCAGUUCAAGUGCUCGUAUCCUUAUUUUCCAUGACAGAUCUGGACGAUAAUCUAUGCGAAAGAUACAUAAAGAUGAUAACUAACAUAAUUAUCUUGAGCCUGAUCAUUUGCAUUUCCUUGGCUUUCUGGAUUAUGUCAAUGACUGCAAGCACCUACUAUGGUAAUUUACGGCCUAUAUCUCCUUGGCGUUGGCUGUUUUCUGUUGUUGUUCCUGUUGUGAUUGUCUCAAAUGGCAUUAAAAAGAAAAGUUUGGACCACAGUGGGGCUCUCGGAGGGCUUGUGGUUGGAUUUAUCUUAACCAUUGCGAACUUCAGUUUCUUUACCUCUCUGUUGAUGUUUUUCCUUUCUUCUUCAAAACUCACCAAAUGGAAGGGAGAAACAAAGAAGCGCCUAGACUCAGAAUAUAAGGAAGGUGGGCAAAGGAAUUGGGUGCAGGUGUUCUGUAACGGAGCUGUGCCCACGGAGCUGGCCCUGCUGUUCAUGAUAGAGAAUGGCCCUGGGGAAAUCCCCAUUGAUUUCUCCAAGCAGUACACGGCUUCCUGGAUGUGUCUGUCUCUCCUGGCUGCGCUGGCCUGCUCUGCUGGAGACACGUGGGCCUCAGAAGUUGGCCCGGUUCUGAGCAAAAGCCCACCAAGGCUGAUUACAACCUGGAAGAAAGUUCCUGUGGGGACAAACGGAGGGGUCACCAUGGUGGGCCUUGCUUCCAGCCUCCUUGGUGGCACCUUUGUGGGCAUCGCAUACUUCCUCACACAGAUGUUUUUUGUGAAUGAUUUGGACAUUUCCGCUCCCCAGUGGCCUAUUAUUGCAUUUGGGGGUAUAGCUGGGUUGUUAGGAUCAAUUGUGGACUCGUAUCUAGGAGCAACGAUGCAGUUUUCUGGUUUGGACGAAAGCAGUGGCCUGGUGGUCAACAGCCCAACGACGGAGGCGAAGCACAUCUCGGGGAAGCCCAUUCUGGAUAACAACGCAGUCAACCUCUUUUCUUCUGUCCUUGUUGCCCUCUUGCUCCCAACAGUUGCCUGGGGUUUUUGGCCCAGGGAAUAAACUUUAUUUCAUUUCCA